GCAAGGAGGUACUUCGUAGGUAAGGUACUGUACCUCAGACCACCCUGGCUACCUGGCUAAAAUCAUUACUCGAAGAAAUCUAUUCCAAAUCUAAAACUAAAUCUAAAUCUUCACCCUGACACAUUUUGCAUCUUCCCUUCAGCUCAAAAUUUCGAGUCAUCUUUUAUUGAGAAGUAUAUUAUUUCAAUUUGACUUGUUAAACGUGUCACACACAAGCGUUGCCGCAAACUCAAAGUUCCUUAAGAAUUAGAAAGGCCACCUGAAAAGACUGGUUGCACGCACCUCCAUUGCUCCACGGUCGAAGUAGGGUUAAAACCUCAGAUGCCAGGAUCGCUGGAAGGGUCGCCUUCGCGCGGCCACGUAAAGCCAGCCAGCGGCGCGGAUUUUGCCCAGGAUGCAUUGGGUCGCCAAGAGCAAGGCGUGUCUCCUGAGGAAGACUACGACACAGAGAGAGUCGAGCGAGUGUACAGAAAACUUGACCUUCGAAUAAUCUCAGCUUUCUGGAUUCUUUACUUUCUCUGCUCCGCCAUCAGAUCCAACAUUGGCAUCGCCCAGACUAUGAACAAGUCUGCGGGUCAUGAUCUAAUGACGGUCUUGAACCUCACCCCCAGGGACACCUCAACGGCACUCUCACUGUUCUACGUGGCCUAUGUCAUCUUCGACUGCCCCUCCAACCUAGUCAUGAGUAAGCUGAGCCCGCGAGUCUGGAUGGCCCGUAUAGUCUUCGCCGUCGGUGUCAUUGGGACCUGUUUUGCUGCCGUGCAAGAUGCAUGGAGUGUCAAACUUCUGCGUUUCCUUCUGGGAGUUGUCAUCGCCGGUAUGUGGCCCGGCAUGGCCUACUAUCUCACGCUGUUCUACCCUCCAUCGAGGACCGGGAAGCGAAUUGGACAGUACUUCACCGCAGCUCAGGUGUCAGCCGCCGUUGUUGGUCUCGUGUCUGCUGGCUUCCAGCAGAUGGACGGCCUUGGUGGUCUUGUAGGAUUCCGGUGGAUGUUCCUCAUCUACGGCCUCACCGCUGUGAUCUUGGGGUUCGUGCUUCUGUGGUGGCUCCCAGAACGACCACUGCCCCCUGGACAGGAACGCGUUCGGAGCCGUUGGAGCAAGUGGCUGCCGGCUACCCCUGAAGCACUGACGGGCGAAGAUGCCAUUGUUCAUUACAAAGAGCUGCGGAGGGUCUAUCAUCCAAGAUCAUGGACAUUGAGGGACCUCGGCCUGGUUCUCAUUGACUGGCGCUUGUGGCCCCUGGUGUUCAUGUACUUUGGGGUUGUAGGAGUUGGCAUCGGCACUCAACUCUACGGCACCGUCAUCAUUUCCUCCAUAAACUCAGAAUUCACCGGUGUGCAGCUCAGUCUUCUGUUUGCACCCAUCUGGAUUAUGGAUCUGAUUGCCAUCCUUCUCGUCACACCAAUAUCUGACCGGUUCCACCGUUACCGAGCCGAGUUCUUUUCCGCCGCAACAUCGAUACAAAUCGCCGGGCUCCUGACCGUCACAUUCGCCUCUCGGACCAACCCCUGGGCGCGCUACGGAGGUCUUCUCCUCGUCGGCUUCGGCCUGGGGCCCACGGUCCCCAUUUGCAUGACCUGGACCAACGAGAUCUUUCAGCGUCGUCACGGCGAGGUGGGCGUCGCCGCCGCCUCGGCUUUGGUCUCGGGUCUUGGGAACCUGGGCAGCAUCGUAACCACGUACGCGCUGUACACUGGAUGGCCCGAGGAUGCAGCGUCGGGUCCACUGCAGUACCGCAAGAGCAACCUGGUCAUGAUCGCGAUCCUCGUCGUUAGCAUCGUCAGCAGCUUUGCGAACAAGGCACUGCUGGGAAUCUUUGGAAACGAGCCCUCCCGGAAGCUUACAGCUGACGGGACUUCUGUCUCCGGGGAUGACGGCAGCUUCCAGGACGGAGCGGCUCGCCGCGAGGCUCAGCAACGUGGAUUUGGUCGUUUAUGGGGAAAUCCCCGUUCCUAAGAUUCUCGGGUCGCAUGAAAUCGCUGCUCCAUUUGCAGUCUAGUCUGAUAUAAGGCCAGAGUGCUCUCAAGAAGCAGCUGAGGGGGCGGGACCCAGGUGUGAGAGUAGUUGAGAGGGUGCGUUCAACAAACAUUUCGAAAGAAAAAGGCAAUAUACUAGACAAGCCGUUGUCUCUUCUCCCCAAUAUCGAGACCGGGAACAGCUCAACCUGUUUUCGGGAAUUACUUUCAUCAUUCUACUUUUUUCUUCCUUUUUCUCUCUCUACUCCUUAUGUCUUGGCUUUAUGAUACCCCAUCCGUGUUUGGAUACGCUGUCUUCCGAAGGUCUUUGCCCUCUCGGCAGCGAUAGUGCUCUGUACGCCAUCGCUGCAGACGGCGUGUUGAACCGAGACCGGUUAUGCGGCGACAAUGCUUUCUACGCUAUCGUCGGCGGUUUCGUGGGAACACCUCUUCUUUCGAUCUGUUUUGGACGAGAGCAAGGGCCAUUUUUCUUUCUUCUGAAACCCUUUUUUUAUGAGAGAAUUGAGGGUUUUUCUUUUUGUAUUUUUCUUUUUUAUAACUAGAUAGAACUAGUCGAUCUUUGCGCUAUCCUGUGACCCCUGAUUCUUGCACAGGGUUGUCUGGGUCAAGCAAGCCCAUGACUGUACAAGAGCUCGUCACAGAAAUGGUUUUCCAAUCAAGUCGUCACCCUCCAAC